AUGGCGCCGGGAGAAGCACCAUUGAAGAGUUUAUGGGUGGGUAAUCUUGCCCCUGACAUGACCGAUGAAGAUCUGGUAUCGUUGUUCCAGAACUUUGGCCCAGUUAAUAGCAUAACUAGAUGUAACUCUCGCGGGUAUGGAUUUGUCUUAUUUGGAAACAUCCACGACUCCAAGGAGGCUAAAGACGCACUCCAAGGAUCCUUCUUUCAUGGCAAUGCUUUAAGGAUUGAAUUCGCUAAGCCGGAGAAAGAACCGGAGGUUAAGGAUGGACACUAUCCCAAUAGGAGCAUCGACCACUCUCAUGAUUUGCCUAGUAAAGUAUUGUGUAUAAGUUAUCCUCCCACGGUUCAUGUGGAUAACAACAUGAUACAUAAUGCUAUGAUUCUUCUGGGUGAGAUUAACAGAAUAAAAACUUUUAAUGAUAAGAAUUUCUCAUUGGUUGAGUUUAGAAGUGUGGAGGAAGCCCAACGUGCUAGAGAAGGUUUGCAGGGUAAGCUUUUCAAUGAUCCCAGAAUCACAAUUGAAUAUUAUUAUCCAUUUCCACCAGCACAGACCAUGGCCCAAAAUCCGCCUAUCUUGGCCCCAAGUGCUUCUAUUACAAUUAGUCCUGGAAAACACUAUAUAUGGAAUGGCAAUAUUGCCAGGAAAGGAACAUCAGUGUGUCGGGCUGUCUGUGUUCCUACUGGGGAAAGUGUAAUAUGUGUGCUCCCUGAUAUAGUCAACUGCACUGCCAAAACGGGGUUAGAGAAGUUAAAAAAACACUAUUCAGAUGCUGCUAUAGGGUUCAACAUUUUUUUCUUCCUGCCUGAUACUGAUCAUAAAGAGUAUGCCUCAUAUGCAGAGUUUUUGAGGUACUUGAGUGCAAAAGAUCGUGUUGAAGUUGCAAAGCUUUCUGAUGGAACUCACAUGUUCUUGGUGCCACCUUCAGACUUCAUCAGCAAGGUUCUGAAAGUUGAUGGUCCUGCAUGUAUUUAUGGUGUUGUUCUAAAGUAUUCACCUCAUACAACUAGUGCCACAGUCUUGCCUAAGUAA